AUGUCUUUCGAUAGCAAGUUACCAACUAUAUUAGAGGUAGAGGUGUCUGACUCGGCAGAGCAGUCGGACUCAUCAGACCACUCUGCUACAAACCCAACUAGCAUAUCGUCCAAGUCAGAGGAACCCCCACAGGAGCAACCUGCGCAAGCUGUGGCCGAUGACAAGAGCUCCGUCCCACCGACUAAGCCAUCGUCCGCACCUACCAGUACCCCCACAGACUCCAAGAUUGCGUCCAAGCCGAAUGUGAAGACAGCCCAUCAGCUCAAGCACGUGUUUGGCGCGUACGGUCGAAUGAAAACGGAAUGGCACGAGGCCAUGAAACAGGUCCUUGCUGUCCACGGAGAACGCUAG